AUGUCAUGUAUGCUCUUGCAAAUAAAUAUUUAUUCAUUUAUUCAUUAUUUUGUAGAACAGAACGAUAAAAUAGUAAGCUGUCGUCCUUAUUUCCAGUUCUUAUUUGACAGAACAACACAAUCCGAGGACGGAAGUGUUCCAUCGUUACCAACAAGAACAAUAAAAUUCAAUCCAGUGACCGGGAGUACUGGUAAAACGGCUGUGACGUUUUAUGGUGACGGAAUUAUUACAAUAUGGGGCAUGAGUUACAUUACAUUUGCAUCAAAAUUUAAGUUCAUGGUCCGGUUUAAAACAAUGGAAGAUUUCACUUAUGAAGAUAAAAACUACAAUCUGUUUGGAGACGGUCCUUGCAGUAACCGUGCUCCCUAUUAUGGCGUUACAAUAAAUCCUGUUCAGAAAUCCAUUGCUGGUAAUUUUCUUCUCCAGAACAAUUCACCACUAAAUCUGCAAAUAGAUAAUGUUGAUUUCAGCGAUUGGAUCGUACUUUUCAUAGUUGGAAUGGAGGGUGAGAUAAGAAUAUUCACCGAGACUGGUCGAGAUCAUGGUUAUAUGGGAAUAUCAACUAUUAAAUCUUCCUCAUGUGCCAUGGAGAUAGGGAAGGAUUCUAAGUAUGCAUCAGGCUUUGUUGGAUACGUAGAUUCAAUAGAAUUUUUCAACUGUUUUGAGAAAUAGUUUGAUGCUAUAGAAGAAAACCUUGUGAUCUGUGAUAUAAAUUGUAAAUAUCUUUUUUAUUUAUUGGUUAAAAUGGUUAUAAUUGACUCCGAGACGUGUUUUUCAAGACGGCGAAUCCAAGCCAUGUCCAGAAACAAAUUAUUGUCUCUGUCUACCGGACGUAAAACGUGAAGUGUUAUUACCAUGGACCAGGCCCAUUUGAAGCGACAACCACAAUAAAAACAAUAUUAUGCAGACGGAAAUCGUACUCACUGUAGUGAAACCAAUGCUGACACUUUGUCACUCCUGUGCAGGAGAGCUUGCCACAUAAGACACAAAAGUUUUUGUAAAGGAUUGUCACAUACAUUGGUUGUGCACUGAAUAGGUUCAUGCAAUAUUGUUAUAUACAAUAAUUUUACCAAAAGACAUCUGUAUAUAUCUCCACUUUUGACAGUAGUUGGUGUCUUUAUAAAGCAAUCUUUAUAGUUUCGAAAAUGAGGUCCAUGUCCAUCAAAAGUUACAUUAUCAUAACUAUGUUUUUGUUUUAUAUUUAUACUUGUAAUUAUUGACUAUUGUGUUAAUAGUAUUCUAUAUUUUGUGUUUUUGCUUGACCCUUAUGGAUGUAAUCUGUAAAUACAAACGUACAAUUUAAGAAUACCAAACGCGCGUCUGGCGUACGGAACUUUGGUCUUGGCAUCUAUGACGAGUUAUUACUAUACUACACCUUUUUUGUUGGCGUCUUUAUUAAAUUACUUUGUAUGUCUG